AUGGCGUCAGUAGUAAUGAUAGUAGUAGUGCUGCUAUUUUUGCUGGCUGCCGGAGCAGCGGCGGCGGCUGUCCCGAUGAGUCCGGCUCCGAGGAUCGGGAUGCCCGGCUGUGAGACGUCGUGCGGCGACGCGGAGGUGCCGUACCCGUUCGGCAUUGGCCCGGACCCCGGCUGCUUCCUGCACCAGCCGGGGUUCAACCUCACCUGCGACCGCACCCACGACACCCCGCGCCUGCUUCUCCCCGUCUCGGGAGCAGGCGUUGGCAAAGACCUGUAUCUCCGGGUCGAGGGCAUCGACAUCGAGUCCUCCAUGAUGGUGGUAUUCCACACCGUCCACUUGAGCACCACUGGGUCCGACGACCUAAUCCUGAGGCUGAGGGGGGCCUUCAGGCUGUCCAGCCGCAACGAGCUCGUCCUAACCGGCUGCAACGUGCAGUCGACGCUGCUGGGGAAGAUGAAGGGCAACGCCACCGCCACGGUAAGCGGCUGCUUCUCAUUCUGCGGCGCCAGCGACAGCGCCGCCACCCGGUUCAGCCGGGGUUGCUCCGGUUCCGGCGGCUGCUGCCGUUCACCCAUCGCCAGGUACUACUACCAGGUUGAGGACGGACUAGCCGCGGAAGUAUGGUACGACGUGAAGCUCAGCUGGUUCGGUCGAGACGUGAGCGCGGACAAGGCGCGAGCCCCAGCCCAUGCGUUCGUCGCCGUGGAAGGCUGGUUCGACUACUGGCUCUCCAACUCCACGAAUGCUACCACGCUGGAUGCUCCCGUUCUUCUGGACUACUACCUCAGCGGCGACUGCGCCAACAAUCCAUGCAGGAGCAACCACAGCGACUGCUCUACACCGUCAGGGGGGACAUAUAUAUGCGAGUGCAAAUCUGGGUACGAAGGUAACCCCUACGUCCCCGACGGCUGCCAAGGACAAUUGCAAUAG